GCUCGAGUCAGCUGAUGGUGGCGACUGGCGACUCGGCGAGCAUUUUGAGUCCGUCCUCUGGAGCACACGCACUUUUCUUGCUUCCUCCCGUCUUUUUCCCUUUUCUUUUCAAACCGGCAGAAAUGAAGUUCGCGACCGACUUUACAGCUCUGUUGGUCGUGCUCCUGUUCCAUGUCCGAAGCUCUACAUCUUCUCAUCCGAAACCUUCGUGUCGUUAUCCUCCAUCGCAAUGGUGUCGCUCCCUGGAGAUUGCAAUUGAAUGCAAGGUGCAGAAGCAGUGCAUGGAACUAAGCGCCGUGCGUCCGCAGGAGGGCGCUCCUCCGGUGUCUGUCACGCUGUACUACGAGAGUUUGUGUCCGGCCUGUAGAGUAUUUAUCACUCAACAGCUCUUCCCCACUUGGACCAUGCUGCAGGACAUCAUGAAGGUUACACUGGUGCCAUAUGGCAACGCUAAGGUCAGCACGUUCAUUUUGGAGGAGCUGGUGUCGGGCAAUACUACGUUCAGAUGCCAGCAUGGCGAGUCAGAAUGCCAUGGAAACAUGAUUGAGGCCUGCAUCCUAUACCUGUCUGGCCCCACAGCUUUUCAAACCAUUUACUGCAUGGAAUCGGCUGCAGAUGUUCUCAGCGCAGCCCAGCCAUGUCUUCAGAUGCACGCCCCUGCUGUCUCCUGGGUCAGUGUUGACUCUUGCGUCAAGGGAGGUCUGGGUCGUAAACUGAUGCACGACAAUGCAGUCAUGACAAGAGCGCUUAGCCCUCCGCACACACACGUCCCCUGGGUCACCUUCAACGGGGAAUUCACAGAAGAGUAUGAAGACAAAGCCAUGUCGUCUCUCUUCACUUUGGUUUGCAAUCUUUACAAGGGCGUGAAGCCUCCAACCUGCAACGGAGCCCUGGUCAGACUUGACAGAGGCUUCUGCUGAAAACAUCUAAAUCUCCUUGACAGCAUUUUGACUAACAUGCAAUACAUUGGAGUUGUACUAUCACAUUGAAUAAAUGUGAAUCAUUAAAAAAAAGACAAAGUUCCACAUAGUUUAUUGGCAUUCCCCCCCCAAAACAUCUCAAACUCCUGAAAAUCAUUUGGUUUAAAAUGAGAAAUUUGUCUUUGACAAAAAUGACGAGUGGCAGAUCACUUGUAUAUUUGAUCUUUAGGCUCAAAAUAUGAUUACAUACAAUUAAAUAUUUUUCCAACCCCCAUUUUUAAGGGUUCCCUUAACCAACAUGUAUGAAUAAUAAAUAGCAUUUGAUGGGUUUUAACAAUAUAGAGGCUGAGCAACAUUACUAACAUGAUGGCAGAAAGUGCUCAACACAAUAAGUGAGCACUAACACAUGUACACAUAUAAUACUUUUUGGCACUUUAAAUGUAAAGAACCACUGUGCUGAUUUUAACUUGCUAACAUGUCUGUCCAAUUGGUUGAUUCUGUCUGGUGCUACCAUAUAGCAACUGUUGGUAAGCAGCAUACUGGUGUAGCCAUUUCGUUUUAACCCCCCCCCCCCCCCCCCCCCACACACACACACACUUUAGCAUGUCAAAAACAGCACAUUGGUCCUUAAACUUCCAAAGCCAAUGUCUUAAGUCACAUGAUCAAUAAAAAGACUGACCAAUUACACAAUGAUUGUAC